GGCACGUCCUAGGUAAAUAAGGCAGGGUCGGAAUCUAUGAUAUGGAAAUGCGCAUGAGCCCUGCGUGAGCUCAUUGCCUGACUCUCGCCGUUUCCACGUACUAUGGCUUACGAUCCAUCUCGGGUCGAGGUUAAAUCGAAGUUCGAGUCCGAGUAUCGACGCUUUCCUCUCAUUCGCGACCAGGUGACGAGCUUUGAUGAUUUCCACGCUAUUAUUGGACAGAAGCACCGCAUUCUCGACCUGGUCGACUUCACGGCGUCUUACACGGAUCCCAUACACGGCGACCUCCUACCAAUCAACAACGACGACAACUUCAAACGCGCCUUACAGACAGCAACGCCAUUACUGCGACUUUUUCUCUAUCGGAAGUCAGACGUCACGUAUUUGGAAAGCAGUUCUAGUGGUUUGGGUACUAAGCAACGAAAACGGUCGAAACAUGCGCUCCCGCCACGUCUUAUCAGCACACCUCAGGACUUCCGACGUAUUUCAAGCAUAGUCGACGCCGACCUCCUUCCAGAGACGCACCGUCGAGUAAAACUAUUGAAGCACGCGAGCGAGAAGCCUUUGGGCUUUUACAUACGCGACGGAACGAGCGUACGAGUCACUCCGCAAGGACUAGAACGGGUUCCCGGUAUAUUUAUUUCUAGACUUGUUUCGGGUGGAUUGGCCGAGAGUACGGGACUUCUAGCCGUCAACGACGAGGUUAUCGAGGUAAAUGGGAUUGAAGUUGCCGGAAAGACUCUCGACCAAGUGACGGACAUGAUGGUGGCCAAUAGUCAGAAUUUGAUUAUAACCGUGAAGCCCGUGCAGCAGCCUCAGAGCAGCCCUAGCGGCAGAAAGUCGUCGACGACACUUCGUCAGCCGUCUCCGUUAGUUCAACAGACGCGGUCUAGUUUCGAGGAGCAGAACGGAGGCAGGGACGGUCGUAAGAUGACAAGAAAUAAAGCUGUGACACACCAUUGAUCAAUUACAAUUAAUUAUGAAUUUUAUUUUUGACACGUCACGUGACGCUAAUUAUUUGUGGCACUGCCGGUUUAUAUGGGAGUGCUGGGACUGCACGCUGGACGUGUUGUUUGGUAUGAUCUGUGACAGAUUGACUUUACUGACAGUAUUGUAGAGUUGUAUAGUGAGUCUAUAAUAUACAGUACAGUACAACUUUA